CACAGUUCGAUGCCUUCUUUUCCUGCAAAAGUUCAGAAGUAAACACUACAAGAGCAACAGGCGCCGCAAAGAGUUCUCUUCAUAAAGAUAUAGAAGCGUCAGAGAAGAAGGGAAGACCAGAAGAGAGCUGCAGUGUUGCACCAAAGGUUCAGCAAUGGCAGGAGCAAGCGGCAGCAGCAGGUUGCUCAGGGCAACCACCAAGGCUUUCCAAACGGACAGCCAUCUUCUGUCAUCUUCAACGUUUGGUAACGCCAGUGCAUAUCGCAUCCCGUCUCUGAAGUUCCGGUUCCGGUGGGAGGCGAAGAAGACGCACAGGAUUAGCCACGCCGUGGAGCCAAGGGCUGCCUUGAUCACCCUGGGAGCUGCCAGCAUCACACCGGAGAAGAAGCAGGGGAUUUUCCUAUCGGAGGAGGUGAAGAACAUUGAUCUCUUGUCACCUCUGGCGUAUGAGAUCACAAGGCGGUUGAUCCUGAGGCAAUUUGGAGCGACAUGGCUGGCACUGAACAGGCAGUGUUGGUCAAAGAUCGCUGAGACCAUCAUCCACCAGGUCGUCGUCAGCUGCAAGUCAUUCACGCUGAUUGGUGUCGCAGGAUCCCUUAUAGGUUCAGUCCCAUGUUUUGUUGAGGGUUGUGUUGUUGUGCUGAAAUCAUUCUUCAUGCGCUUCCUUACCGUGUCCCAAACAGUAGAUCAAGGUGAAAUCAUAAAGAUGCUUAUCGAAGCACUAGACAUGUUUCUGAUUGGCACAGCCCUUCUCACAUUUGGCAUGGGCAUGUACAUCAUGUUCUAUGGUUCCCAGAGCGUUCAGAAGCCAGGAAGGCAUAUCAACACAUCCCACUUAGGCGCAUUCAACUUAAAGAAGCUGAAAGAAGGGACCAGGAUCAGGUCCAUCACGCAGGCAAAGACGAGGAUCGGCCAUGCCAUAGUCCUGCUGCUCCAGGUGGGCGUCCUCGAGAAGUUCAAGAGCGUGCCACUGGUCAGUGGGUUUGACAUGGCCUGCUUCGCUGGAGCGGUGCUCGCUUCCUCCGCCGGUGUCUUCCUCCUGUCAAAGCUCACGAUGGGUCAGCAAAGAUCGAAGCAAACCUUUGUAUGAGCAUAUCUCCAUGUGACAGUGCAAGAGUUACCGACACAUUGCAAAGCACCAAGUAUGCAUACACAGAAACCAGAGGAGAACACGAAGAUUUCUACAAUGAGGGAAAGGGGUUCAGAACAUUCAGAAUUGCAGUCCCCGUGUUGUACUAGUGGAUUUGAGUUUUGUUUCACUAGUUUUCCACUCUUACCUAUUGUUCUCAGAUGCUUAGUUCUUAUUCAUUUGUUCUUUAUAGUCAUCAGGACUAGGAAUAUUGGUAUAAGAAAAAGACUAGGAAUUGAAAAAAUCGUAGAGUUCUAAUGUUUUCCUGUAUGUUACUGAUAUUGGUUUGAGGCUUGUACGCAUUACAUGAUGUCAAUAAAACUUACCGUGGAAAGAAAAACGCUCCCCAA